AGCAUUAUUACAUCCACACGAACUGAGAACAAAAGUUGGUUGACCUUACGUCUAACCCCGAACUUUCAUAAUCAGGUUUUAAGAGGUUCGUUGUUGGGUAAUUAUCAAUUCAGGGUAUGUGCUCUAAGAUGAGCUUCCUUCCCCACCUGUCAACCGAUAUAUCAACUUGCUGAUGUCAGUAUAGCUUCCAAAGAUUGAAAUAAAUUCCGUAAAAACUGGUGUAAAAUAUGACAUAUUUCAUAUACUGACGCGGGGAAAAUAGACGCUAAAAAUAUCGAUAAUAGCUGGUAUUUCAUAUCGUCAUCGUCAACAGCAGCAGCAGAGGCAGUAGCCAGGGGCAGACGACAGCCCAUUCUUUUAUUCUAUCGAUAGCUGGGAUCGAUAUCAUCAGUGAAGGAAUCCAUUGUUCAGUUUUAAUUUGAUUCAACGUAUAUCGGGACAUUAUGGGAGGGGAGGAUUCAAAAAAUUAUUCCAGUUUUACUCAAGGAUUGAGGAAUCGGCUGGCUGUAGCUGUCGGGAGUUUUAUGACUGCGAUUCUUGCCACCGGUAUCAGAGGUGACUGGUUGCUUUUUUACAUUCAGAUUCAGAAGUUGUGGUAUGGGGAAUCUCUUAUCCCAGGGGCGACUUUACCGGGUCUCGACCGGGGAAGGGAGAAUGGAAGCACCGUACAGCCCGAAAAUCUUCUGGAGCGAUAUCAUAUGCAGGGCAUUGGUUUCUACAUCCUCCAAUCUCUGCUUGGAGGGUUCGUGAUUCUCUAUGGUGUCGGAGGGUGGCUGAAGUGGUACUUCUACAUCCAACGCAGAGACCGGGCAGCCGAGUGGAAGUGCCAACCCGACCGCUUUCUGACGCCGGAAGACGACCGACUCGAGUUCAGACUUGGGUCGAUGAAUAUGGCCAUAGGAUCGGUGCUUUCUGGCAUCCUCGUAACGUACAUUAACAACGGAGGGGAAACCAAACUAUACUACAACAUAUCGGACUAUGGUUGGAUCUACUUCCUCCUCUCAAUACCAGUGAAUUACGUUUACAAUGAAGCCGCCGCCUAUUACUCCCACAAGGCUAUGCAUUAUCCCCCGUGGUACAAGCGGUACCAUAAACUCCACCACCGGUUCAAGUGCCCCACCCCCUUUGGGGCGGUGGCCAUGCACCCCUACGAGUUCCUCACGCUCCAGUUUCUCAUCGAGCUCCCGCUCUUCUUUGUACCAAUGCAUGCAGGUGUUUUUAUAUUUUGGUUGAUCUACGGCUACUACUACAGCAUCUUAGACCACUCGGGAAUUCAUUUAGAUCCACUCUGGCCGUGGCAACCUGCCGUUAUCUUCCAUGAUAACCAUCAUAAGUUUUUCCACUGUAACUUCGGAUUCAACACCGAGUUAUUCGACAAACUUCAUGGCACUCUGAUGAGAAACGACCGGUACUACUCAGAAACUGUCUUCGGUGGACAGGGUGCUCCUAAAACACCGACGCCCUCGAAUAAAAAGGGCAAAUGAAGAACAGAUACCAACGUAAAUGUCAAGGCAAUCAACUUAAGACUGACCCCAUUGGACAACGGCUCGCGUUGCCACAAACCGUGAAAAGUGUGCACUGUGACGCCAUGUAUUCAAAGUGACAAAAAUAAAUAAAUAUGUAAACGGAUUCAGUUCGUGCCUUUCUGAGGAUGAUGUUUAAAGAUCGAUCUCAGACGUAAAUAAUCUUAAUUUGAUUGAUGACAGUCUGAGAGAAAUUAAUCACAAGCAUCGUCUCGAUUGACAGUGCAUGGCCAAAAUUAAUUGGAACUCCUAUAACCAUUCAUAAGGAGAGAUGGUAGUCUUGGACGUUUAAAAAAAUGAGUUAUUCAGCCAUAAUAGAAAUCAUUUAUAAGUUGUAGUAAAAUAUAUUUGUUGUGCAAAUAUUUGUUUUGAUAUCGAUGAAUAUGUCAUAUUCCUAUGGAAUACUUUUUAAAUGCAAGAUGCAUCAUAUUGCUCCUUGAGAGAUUCUAACUUUUAGUGUGUGAGCAUCUGAUUUUAAAAAAAAUUAAGUAUGCACUUAUUGACUUAUAUUGUGUAUACAUGUGCAUAAUCUGCACAUAUUCAAAUAUGCCAGGGAUCGAACGUCAUUUUAUACCAAACGACCUAUAAACUUGUCAGAUUUGUAAUGAUGUAUGAUCUGUUGGUUUCCAUUUCACGGAACUUGCUUUAGUAACAAAAAUAGGAUUGAAUUUAAUGCUAAAAUCAAUAAAAGUCAUGGAAUUUAAAUGGCUGAUAACGAUUUUAUCAUAUUUCAAAUUUUGUUAUAUUUUAUUUCUUCAGAUGUAACCUUGAUCCAUGAAGUGACAUUGCAAUCGAAAAAAAGAACUUGACAAAAAAAUUGAAACAAACAGAAGAAAUAUACGUGUUUUUAUUAAUAGGUUUUUAAAAAAUCUAUUGAUGUUUUUCAGUGUGUAUCUUUUUUUUAUUCUCUCGAAAAAUGGUGAUCCGGUGAUUGGCCAUCAUGAUCCCGUUUCAUAAAACUUAAUUUCAACUUUGUUAUUACUUUGAUGUGAAGGGGUUUUAGUGACCUUUCUUAGUAUUCUGGCAACUUUUCACAAUUCUGUCACUAAAUUGAGGACAUAUUUAUAGAGGGAACAGCGGUGCCAACAUUGAAUAACUAGUUGAGAGUAAGAUGAAAAAAAAAACAAUUUUAGAGUGAGAAAGGAUCAAAUUGAGUGAGUCUCACUCUCAAUGAGGAACAGGGGAAAGAGAGAGAGAAAGAAAGAGAGAGGGGGGGGGGGGUGGAGGGCAGGGGAGAGAAAACGAGAAAAAACAGAGACAUAAAAUAGUCCAGGCUAGAACAGGCAUAACCUUGUUUUUUCAUAUAUGCAAUAUUUGUUAUGGUUUCUUGUCAAUUCGAGGGUGCUGAUUACGAAUCUGAAUGAUGCCACUCGUGUAACCUUGGGUUUUUCCAUGUUUUCCGCACAUUGGCAAAAUCCAAUAUUUGGCCGCCAAAAUAUGCAAAUUACCCAUUAUCAUAAAAUUGCCCGCGCAUUGGCUAUAAAAUGUAUGUAAUUGUGUUGCAUGAGCAUUUUCAUUUUCUUGAUAUUCAAAAUAGCCGCUAUGGACCCCUGUAUACUCUAUUAAUAUGAAUGGGGAAAACUAUUUUUUUAAUACAAAAGUGAGCACUAAAAUGCAAGUAAUUGUGAUAUUUGAGUGAUGUAAUGAAUGAAAACAUGAUUGCUA